AGUUUUUCUCGUUCUUAUGAGGAAAUGAGUGAUGAGAUAAAAGAGGCAUUAGAUCCAUUAGACACGUCUGGAUAGGGUUUCAUUUUCGAUAAUGGCGGGUUUUGCCGGCGAUGAAACUGCUCCCUUCUUCGGCUUUCUCGGCGCUGCGGCGGCGCUCGUAUUCUCCUGCAUGGGGGCGGCAUAUGGGACUGCGAAGAGCGGCGUCGGCGUGGCCUCGAUGGGAGUGAUGCGGCCGGAGCUUGUCAUGAAGUCGAUCGUCCCAGUUGUUAUGGCCGGAGUUCUCGGGAUCUACGGUUUGAUCAUUGCGGUUAUUAUCAGCACGGGAAUAAAUCCCAAGGCAAAAUCGUAUUACCUCUUUGAUGGAUAUGCUCACCUCUCUUCCGGCCUUGCCUGCGGUCUCGCUGGAUUGUCCGCUGGAAUGGCCAUUGGGAUCGUUGGUGAUGCUGGUGUGCGGGCCAAUGCUCAGCAACCAAAGCUGUUUGUGGGAAUGAUUCUGAUUCUUAUUUUUGCUGAAGCGCUCGCUCUUUACGGUCUAAUUGUCGGCAUCAUUCUCUCUUCUCGAGCAGGUCAAUCUCGCGCAGACUAAGAUUAACUCCUGCUCUUCCUUCUUCAUGGCUCUUUGUAAUGUUAAUCAUGGCUGGAGUUUUUAAUUUAGCUUUUUGAUUCCAUUUAUGAUUGUAUUUAAGACAUUAAUGAUCAUACUCAUUAAUGUCUAAUGAUUUGUCCCAUGGAUUGCUUACCUUUGGUAUUAUUAGUUCAUGAGUGAAUAUAGUUGGUUGGCAUGUUUUUUUUCAGGGAAAUUUA